UACAACACGGUAGUAGAAUCAUUAAAUCACAAACACUGAAAUUAUUUAGGUAAUAAAAGUUCUCUGCAAUAAAUUAUUCUUUCUGUGAAAAAACAACAUGUUAUCCGUGUAGUUUAGAUCUUUACAAAUAAGUUCUAAAGUACAUGUGACUCUUGUAUUAGUUUAGCAGUUCAUAUUCCAGACAGGCUUCUCUCAAAUGUCACAGCUCUUGGGCAGUGUGCACUGUCACAACUGCAAUUAGAUCCCACAAUUGUGUGGCCCAUCUAUGGGAUAUAAUAUUUGUACAUGUUAAACUGUAAAGCAUCCUUUUGUGUAUUUAAAAUGUAUGUAGAUUCAAGAUUAAAUAUUUUAUUGUCAUUGUCAUAAAAAAAAUCCUUUUUUGAAGGAUGUCUUUUGCAAGACAAAUGACCAUGGGUUAUCAUUAUAACUUUCUCAUAUCAUUAUAACAUUAUCAUAUGAUAUAACUACUAUUGUAGUCCUUAAACAGAGCAAUUGUUCAGUUUAGGAGGUAGUGGAGAUAAUAAGCCAUAGUCAGUGACAGAGCUUGUGUGUGUGUGAAUGGGAGUGAUGGGGAGCGCUGUCUCUCUGACAUCUGAUCAAUAAGUGGCUGAGACAGGCAGAGAGGCCAGGGAUUACCGAUCUAAUUGGACUGGGAAUAGGGAGGACAGGACGCACUCACACUCAGAGUCUGGAUGCAUGCUCACACUCCAGAUAGAUCUAUCAGACUGCAGUCACAGCACCGCAAAUACACAAAACAGACAGUGUGCAGCAGCAGUGUGUGUGUGUGUGCAUGUGUGUGUGCAGGCAAGCCCAGUGUCCAGUCAUAAAGGCUGCGCUCACUCUACUGGUUUGGUCCUGGUUUAGUCCUAGUUUGGUCCGGGUUUAGUUCUGAUGUAGUCAUAUUUGCUCCUGUUUUAGCGCUGGUCCAGGUUUAGUUCCAAGUAGUCUCCGCUUAGCUAAGACUGAGCAAUGGCAAUAAAGUAAAUCCUGUUCCUUCUUUGAUCAAUUGUAAUGUUUAUUUUGUCUCUUUUGGCUCUGAUAAUUAAUUUCCUGAACAUAAAUAAUACACACUUUUUAUCAGUGCUAUUUAACAGAAAAAGCAAAUUUUCUUAGUUCAAAGUCUCAACUUUGCUCCAAACCUCAUGCUUUUACUGACAGAGGACUGACUAUAGACCUCUUGAUUAAAAAUAACAAGCUGAUCAUUGACGUUUAGAAUCUUGAUUUUGAAUAAAAUCUAAUUACUUGAUUAAAUACCUUAGGUUUGAUUUAGACCUAGUUUAGUCCCAAUUUGGAUGUGGGAAAAAAGUCUGUUCCACCAGUUAGAGCUCAAGUCCAAGGCUGACGAGGCUGAUGAUGAGGAUGAUGAAGAACAGGGGACAUCAGGACCACAGCUGUUUACUGUUUAACCGCUCGUCACAAACACUAAAGAGACACGCCACCGAGGGAACACAGAUGGAUGACCUGUGGAUUGGAGCAGACAGUGCUGAAGGCCCAUGAGGGAAUGUACGUUUCCUGAAGCUGCUGUUGUCCAGACGAGCAAACUGGCUCCAGAAAGAUUUGGAGGAGAUGACCCCUCUGCACUUGGCCACUCGGCACCCCUCCCCUAAAGCUCUGGCUCUGUUACUCAAAUACAUCGGACCAGGGGAAGUGGACACACAGGACAAGAACAAGCAAACGGCGCUGCACUGGUCUGCUUUUUACAACCGACCAGAACAUGUCCGGCUCUUGAUCAAACAUGACUCUAACAUCGGGAUCCCAGACAGUGAAGGAAAGAUCCCCCUUCACUGGGCAGCACACAGCCAAGAGCCUAGUGCCACGCAAACUGUCCGCUGUAUUCUGGAAGCCGCUCCCACUGAGUCUCUGUUAAACUGGCAGGACUUUGAGGGCCGGACCCCCCUGCACUUUGCCGUUGCGGAUGGUAACGAGGCCGUCGUCGAGGUGUUGACGUCGUACGAAGGCUGCAAUGUGACAGCCUAUGAUAACCUCUUCAGAACGCCGCUGCACUGGGCUGCGCUGCUCGGACAUGCUAAGAUUGUGCAUCUGCUCCUGGAGAGAAACACGUCAGGCACAAUCCCAUCAGACAGUCAGGGAGCCACUCCUCUGCACUACGGAGCACAGAGCAACAAUGCUGAGACUGUUGGAGUGUUUCUAUCUCACCCCACUGUUAAAGACGAGCCAGACUUGGAGGGCCGCACCGCCUUUAUGUGGGCUGCGGGGAAGGGCAGUAAUGAUGUCAUCAGCACCAUGCUGGCGCUGACCCCUCACCUCGAUAUCAACAUGGCUGAUAAGUACGGAGGCACAGCUCUGCAUGCGGCCUCGUUAUCGGGCCAUGUGAGCACCGUGAGGCUGCUGCUGGAAAGGGGCGCCAUGGUCGACUCUCUAGAUGUUAUGAAGCACACACCACUAUUUCGGGCCUGUGAGAUGGGACACAAGGACGUCAUACUCACUCUCAUUAAAGGCUCAGCACGGGUGGACCUGGUGGAUGUGGACGGUCACACAGCCCUGCACUGGGCAGCUUUGGGUGGGAAUGCUGAAAUCUGUCAAAUAUUAAUGGAGAAUGGAAUUAGUCCAAAUGUACAGGAUCACGCAGGUCGGACACCGCUGCAGUGUGCUGCUUAUGGAGGCUACAUCACCUGCAUGGCCGUCCUGAUGGAGAACAAUGCAGAUCCAAACAUACAGGACAAAGAGGGGCGUACUGCUCUCCACUGGUCCUGUAACAAUGGCUACUUAGAUGCUGUGAAGCUGCUGCUCGGCUACAGUGCGUUUCCCAAUCACAUGGAGCACACAGAGGAGAGGUACACCCCACUGGAUUACGCUCUUCUGGGGGGACACAGCGAGGUCACACAGUUUAUGCUAGAGCACGGCGCCCUGUCCAUCGCGGCCAUCCAGGACAUCGCCGCGGCAACCAUCCAGGCGGUCUAUAAAGGGUACACCGUUCGAAAGGCCUUCAGGGAGCGCAAGCAGCUCCUCAUGAGGCAUGAGCAACUGCGCAAGGAUGCAGCCAAAAAACGCGAAGAGGAACAGCGUAAGAGAGAUGCAGUGCGGAGAGUUGUGUCGACCAACAGUGAGAAGAGACUCCCCCCUCUGGUCAGGACAGAAUCAGAGAAAAUUGAAAAAUCAUCUUUGGUUCACAUCAUUGAAGACUUGUCCCUGAACGAUUCUGUGGAAGAAACAAAGAAAUCUCACACCAACAAAAGUGAACAUGCCAGAAAUACAGAGGAAAAGCUUAAAGGUCAGAAAAGAAGAUUGUCCAGAAAAAGUCCAGUGGCGGAAUCACCCAAAAUGUUUCAAGCUCCAAGCCACAAUGAAGCCUGUACUAGCAGUAUUACGGACAAUAUGCAACAAUAUGCUUUCAAACCAAGACCUCCUUCUGUGCCUAAAAUGAAAGAAAGGCCGUCAUCUAUGCACAGAAAUGUUAAUACUAUGGACCAAACGGAUGCCAUUAGUAAAGAUAAAAAAAUGUCCGCUAAUGAAACUUUGCAGAGCUGUAAGACUGUUUCUCAAUCUACCUCAACACAAAAGCUGAAAAACCAAAUCAGAAGGGAGCAAUCGUCAGACAGAGAUCAAACUCACCAAAGAAAUGCUUCAGGAAGAGGCUUUAAAGCUUCAGACAAAAAUGCACUAAAAAAAUCCAGUGUUUCGGCCUCUGCACAAAACAGGAAAUAUGAUCGUGAACAACGCAGGAGAAGACACAAAGCUGCAUGCACCAUUCAGCUGGCCUGGAGGAGGUUUUGUGCGAAAAGGCGGUCUGAGGUCGAAGCGUGUGAGCGAGCAGUACCAGUGUCUCACCACACCCACAAGGUGACACGAGCAGCACUUUGUAAAUCAGCCGGGAGUAGGAGCUCUGUGCUACAAAGCAUCUACGGCAACUCCGUGACACGAAGGGGGCGAUCUCUUCGGGGGUCCCAGUCCCAGGUGCCUGUGGAUUUACCGCUGCGUACUGCAAGCCAGAUGAGUGGUAUAGACUGUGUGCAUCUGACUGAUGUGGUGAAUCAUGCCAAGCACUACUCGUACCACCUCCGACCACAGAGCGCCGACCAGAGACAGAGAAGAAUACUGAAGCAACACUAAACGCACACACACACAGUCUAUCACACAAGUCCUGGCCUUUCAUGUUUUCUCAGCUGUCUGGUGGCCUUACCUCUAUAGAAUUACUCCACACAUUGUCCGUUCAAUGCGCCCGGUUUGCUAAAAUUAAGCCUUGUGACAUCAGAGCCAUGACCUCACAGGGUGGGGUUAAGUCCGCAGAAAUAGUGUGUGUAAAAGAUAACCUUUCAUCCAUUAUUGUAAAGCGCACACACACACAUUUGUCUGGCUGCGUCUUGCCCGUUCUCCGUCGCACUGGCUCACAUACCGAGAUAACCUUUCCUCCUGUUGUGUAGAAUGAAGCGCUCUAUCAACAACCAGUCAUAGAGAUCGCCCACCUGCAACCACCAGCGUACAUUCAUUUUACACUGCCCACUCUCACAAGUACUUUUAUACUAAACUAUGCCACAUAUUUUUAACAUACUCUCUCUAUAUAUUUUAAAUAAUAUGUAAAAAAUAUUGCUUUUCCGCAGCUCUUAUUUAGUUUUACUGUUUUUAUAAUUUUAAUAAGGAUUGGGUGGGCUAGAAAUGUAUUUGCACCUCCGAAACUGUUUUUCAAUAAAAUGUGCUAUACAAAUAAAGAGGAUUUUGAUUAAAACUUCA